AUGGCAAACAGAGCGAGUCCUUCAAAUCUCCACAAAUCAGUGGCCAUUUCUAAAGGAUACAACUUCGCUUCUACUUGGGAACAGAAUGCGCCUUUAUCGGAACAACAGCAAGCAGCAAUUGUGUCCCUCUCUCAUGCAGUUGCCGAGCGACCUUACCCUGACAAUUUGGCGCAAGAUCAUGCCUCCGUGAAGGAGAAUGGCGGCUUGACGGUUUCCGCCAAGGACAGCAGUUUUGGUGAAUCUCAAGGCAUUGAUGCAAUUUUAGUCAAUACAAAUCAGUUCUACAAAUGGUUUACUGAUCUUGAAUCGGCAAUGAAAUCUGAGACGGAGGAGAAGUAUCAGCACUAUGUCAACAAUCUCACGGAGCACAUGCAGACAUGUGAUGAUAUACUUCUCCAGGUGGAUGAAACUCUUGACUUCUUUAAUGAGCUACAGCUGCAGCACCAAGCGGUUGCUACAAAGACUAAGACUCUUCAUGAUGCUUGUGACAGACUGGUAGUAGAGAAGCAAAGACUGAUUGAAUUUGCAGAAGCAGUUCACAGUAAGCUCCACUACUUUGAUGAAUUGGAGAAUCUUAAUAACAAUUUUUAUGCUUCAAACACGAAUGUUGGAAAUGAGAAAUUUCUUCCACUGCUCAAAAGGCUUGAUGAGUGCAUAUCAUAUGUUGAAAGCAAUCCACAAUAUGCAGAAUCCAGUGUUUAUUUGCUCAAAUUUCGACAACUCCAGUCUCGAGUGUUGGGCAUGAUUCGAAAUCAUGUGGUUUCUGUCCUGAAAAAUGCUUCUUCUCAGGUUCAACUUGCAAUCCGGAGUACUGGUGGCAGCAAAACAUCUAUUUCCGAGGGUGUAGAGGCAUCCGUAAUCUAUGUCCGAUUCAAAGCAGCCUCAACUGAGCUUAAGCCCAUUUUGGAAGAAAUUGAAAGCAGAUCAGCAAGAACGGAAUAUGUCCAGAUCCUUGUCGAAUGCCACAAGUUGUACUGUGAACAACGGCUUUCCUUGGUAAAAGGGAUUGUACAUCAGAGGAUAUCUGAAUUUUCCAAGAAAGAGGCUUUGCCAUCAUUAACUAGGUCUGGUUGUGCAUAUUUGAUGCAGGUUUGUCAACUCGAACACCAACUCUUUGAUCAUUUCUUCCCAUCUUCCUCUGAGGAUAUUUCUAGUUUGGCUCCACUUAUUGAUCCUUUAUCUACUUACUUGUAUGAUACACUUCGCCCAAAACUUAUUCAUGAAACAAAUGUCGAUCUUCUAUGUGAACUUGUUGAUAUACUUAAAGUUGAAGUUUUGGGAGAACAACUAAGUAGACGGAGUGAGUCAUUAGCUGGGCUCCGUCCUACAUUGCAGCGAAUUUUAGCAGAUGUUCAUGAGCGAUUGACUUUCCGUGCUCGGACAUAUAUUCGUGAUGAGAUAGCCAAUUAUAUGCCUUUUAAUGAGGACUUGGAUUAUCCUGCAAAGUUGGAGCAAUCUACUGAGAUGAAAUCAGAAACUAAUUCUGUUGAAGAAAACCCAGAUGUAUUUAAAACUUGGUACCCACCCCUGGAGAGAACUCUAUCAUGCCUUUCAAAGUUAUAUCGCUGUCUAGAAUCUUCUGUCUUCACUGGUUUAGCACAGGAAGCAGUAGAAGUUUGCUCUGAUUCUGUCCAAGAACACUUGAGACGGAUACUCAGAGGUCAGGCCUCGCUGUUUGACUGGUCAAGAUCAACUUCGCUGGCAAGGACCUUAUCUCCUCGAGUUUUAGAAAGUCAAGUAGAUGCCAAGAAGGAACUGGAGAAAAGCCUAAAAGCUACUUGUGAAGAAUUCAUUAUGUCGGCCACUAAGCUGGUUGUGGAUCCCAUGCUUUCCUUUGUUACCAAGGUGACAGCCGUGAAAGUUGCUCUCUCCUCUGGUAGUCAGAAUCAGAAAGUGGACUCUGUUAUGGCCAAACCUCUUAAAGAUCAAGCCUUUGCUACUCCAGAUAAGGUGGCUGAACUUGUUCAGAAGGUAAAUGCUGCAAUUCAGCAAGAACUGCCAAUGGUGAUGACUAAGAUGAAGCUUUAUCUGCAGAACCCAUCAACACGAACAAUUCUAUUCAAACCAAUAAAGACAAAUAUUGUGGAGGCGCAUAUACAAAUACAAUCCCUAGUAAAAGCUGAGUAUUCAUCUGAAGAUCAAAGCAUCAUUAGGAUGACAUCCAUUCAAGACCUGCAAGCACAACUUGACAAGCUCCUCUAG